UACCCAUUCAUAAUUUACUUGCAUUCAAAUUGUUUCAAGUCUGUAUACAUUUAUUUUCUCUGAUGAACACCAAGAAAUAUAUUUUAAAGAACGUUACAUAUAUCAACUGGGACAUCAAUCACUAACACAGUAGGAAACAUUUAAAUGGUAGUUAAAGGUCCCAAAGAACCGUUCAACAGUAUUUCUACUAUGGAAGUGAAUGAUGUCCCAUUGAAAACUGAUAAUGGCCAACCUUCUUCCAAAUAUCUUUCUCUGUGUUCAACAGAACAAAGACAGGUAUACAGGUUUGGAACAACUUGAGGGUGAGUAAAUGGUGACCAAAAAAUUUUUUUUUUUGGUGAACUGUCCCUUUAAAUUUUGUCUAAUUGUUUGAAGCUUUUUUUUUGUAUUUUAUCUGCUCUUCAAAAAGGAUAAUUUUAAAAGUGAGCCUAAGUGUCUGAAUAUAAGUGUAGAUCUCAAGUCAACCAAUUACCAUUAAAGACACCGAGAGACUGUAGUUAACAAUCUCAAACCCAGGUAUUUACUUCUCAGCAUAACAUAUUUUGCUUUUUCCAGCAUGAGGAAGAAAUUGAUGUCGCUUUUUAUCUUCAAGUACAAAAAGCAGCUCAGGGUCCAUUUAACAAACCACACAGUCCAAACGAUAAUAUAAAAGGGAAUUGUCCUGCCAGUCUGAAUUAUAGGGUUGUUCUGUUUGCUUCACUGUAGAAGUCUCUUUCUCCAGGCCACACUUUCCCUCAACUCCUCUGGAUGAUUUGGCUGACUUGCAGAAUUCUUUGUGUUGUGAAGACGGCAGUUGAUGGUUUCUCAGGUCUUCUUAAACAGCCUGUCUACUAUCACCCCAAGUGUCCUCUGCCGAGAUACUGCAGUCCUUCUGCACGGCGAAAGCAGAGCCUGGCAGCGCUUGCAUGUUCUUGCUGAUUCAGCCUCUGCUAGCGGCAUUGACUUUCCGAGAGCACCAACGGUCGUUGGUUUUGAGGCAACCCGAACAGAUCAGGAGAAAUCCAACACCGCUAUUGACUUACUGAAGGACGAUCGGGACUGGUGUGAAAGUAGCUGCACGUGCACAGAGCUUCGCCCCUUUGUUUCCACUCAAAAGUUAAAGAUCUGGAGAUGUCUGCAGACUCUUUUGGAGCCGGGGGUAGCGAUGCCCAGCAGAGUCUACAGUCCUUUUGGCCCAGGGUCAUGGAAGAGAUCAAGAAUCUUACUGUGAAGGAUUUCCGAGUGCAAGAGCUUCCUCUUGCUCGCAUCAAGAAAAUUAUGAAACUGGAUGAGGAUGUGAAGAUGAUCAGUGCUGAGGCACCAGUGUUAUUUGCCAAAGCAGCACAGAUCUUCAUCACAGAGCUCACUCUUAGAGCCUGGAUCCAUACCGAAGACAACAAGCGUCGUACACUGCAGAGAAAUGACAUCGCCAUGGCCAUCACCAAGUUUGACCAGUUCGACUUCCUCAUUGAUAUUGUCCCACGGGAUGACCUCAAGCCUCCAAAGCGACAGGAGGAAGUACGUCAGUCGGUUGCCCCAACCGAGCCGGUCCAGUAUUACUUCACUUUGGCACAACAGCCCAGCACUGUUCAGGUCCAGGGUCAGCAGCAGGGCCAGCAUGUUACCACGAACACCGCCACCACGCUACAACCAGGCCAGAUUAUCAUCGCUCAGCCCCAGCAAGGCCAGAGUGCUCCAGUGACCAUGCAGGUGGGCGAGGGCCAGCAGGUGCAGAUUGUGCAGGCCGCUGCGCAGGGACAGGGUCAAGUGCAGACUACACAGUCAGGUGGACAGACUAUGCAGGUCAUGCAACAGAUCAUCACCAACACGGGAGAGAUUCAGCAGAUUCCAGUGCAGCUAAACACUGGCCAGCUGCAGUACAUUCGCUUAGCUCAGCCAGUCUCAGGAACACAGGUUGUUCAAGGACAAAUACAGACGCUUGCAACAAACGCUCAGCAGAUUACACAGGCAGAUGUACAACAGGGUCAACAGCAGUUCAACCAGUUCACUGAUGGGCAGCAGUUGUAUCAGAUCCAGCAGGUGACGAUGCCUGCGGGACAGGAGCUGACCCAGCCCAUGUUCAUUCAGUCCACCAACCAGACAGCUGACGGCCAGGUCACUGCACAGGUCAGCGCGGACUGAGGCUGUGGACCCUCUUCAGAGCUCACUCAUGGAGCUCUUUACACCACUAAGCACCAUACACAUUGAAGAGGAGCUCAACCAUACCUACCACUCAUCACACUUUAGUCUUUGCACUUCUGUCAUAUUUUCAUCAAGUCAGACUUUGAUUCAUCAAUUGGUCUAAAUCUUUUUGUAAAAUUAAUUUGGGUACCGUCCAAACUACACGUAUUGUUGUUAGCUUUGUUAUUCUGGUCUGUUUACUACAGUACUGAGAAAUAGAAGAAUCAAUGUGUUGUGGCAGAAAUCUUACUCUGUGUUUAGGUCUACUGCAAUAAGACUAAAGUGUAUUUGAACCCACUGUCUUCCUCGCAGUGUACAGAAUAAGUCCUUGUUUCGUAGCUAUGGAUAUGGGUAGAUUAUGAUUUCUGGAUUUUUCUGUUGUAGUCAUACGGUGAGACUUGUGAAACCUGUAGGAGGGCUCUUUUUAACUGUGGAGCAUGCGCAGUGGUCCUGAGUGGAAGAAAUAAACCGUUUUUUAUUUUUGAGCCCUCAUCCAUUUUGACAGAUCAUGGCAUCUCAUGUGUAGACUUCUAAACUUGAUAAAAAAAAAGCCAUAAUCAUAAGUCUCCAUAGUUUGUUAUUCACUAGUUAUUGUAUUAGUUAAGUCGUAGUAUCUUGUAUAGUUUUGAAAUUUGAUAACAUUGUAUUUGUUAAAGGGCUUCUUGUUGUUGGGUUUUUCUACAUGCAAAAUGGUCCAGUGUGUGUGAGCGUGUGUGAAUGUGUGCAGGUAUUCAAUGUGCUUUUCCUGGGUGUCUUUUUGGACCAGAUUCAAAGAGAACUUUUCUGCCCCAGCAAUAGAAAUUCUCCACUGUUACCCACUUGUAAAAACAACACCCUAAUUGAAUCAAAUCCUUUUAUAUAAACACAUUUUUAAUACCAGUUGUAACUUUUUUUAAACUGCCUUUCUGUUUUUCAUUGUUGAUAUUAUUAUUGUUGGUCAUGUUUUGCAUGUAGUUAUGACUGCCAGCAUGAUAUGCAAUACGUAGGUACAUAUUUUAUUUUUGUGUUCUUUUUUGUAAACAGACCUUGAUUUGUGAAAAAAAUAAAAAAUCCAAAAAGA